AUGCUUUUGUUUACAAGCAUACUACUUGCAUUACUUCUAAUUAUAAUUGUUGCUUAUUUAUGGCAUAUUCGACCAGCAUAUGAAUUUUUCAAAAAACUCAAUAUUCCUGGUCCACAACCGAUUCUCUUCUUUGGCAAUUUUCUAGAUUUUAUCAAAAGUAGACGAUCAUCUUUAACUAUUAAAAAAUGGACAGAAAAAUAUGGUCGUAUUUUUGGUUAUUUUGAAGGACAUACACCAAUUUUAGUUAUAUCUGAUCCAGAUAUAUUACAAGAUGUUUUUAUUAAAUCAUUUUCAAAUUUUCAUUCUCGUCGUUCUUUUCCAUUAGCAGAUCAAAAUGCAAAACUAGUAAAUAUGUUUUCUGCAUCAGGACUGCGUUGGAAACGACAAAGAUUUAUAAUUAAUCCAACAUUUUCAUCGGCUAAACUCAAACAAAUGACACCACUUAUAAAUAGAAGUAUUAAUAUGCUAAUGAAAAAAAUGUCCGAACAAUAUAAUAAGGGUCAACCAUUUGAUAUCUAUGCAUAUUAUAAACGAUUUACUAUGGAUACAAUUUGGUCAUGUGCUUUUGGACUUGAUACAGAUAUGCAAAAUAAUAUUAAUAAUCCAUAUUUAAUUCAUUCUCAGCAAUUAUUCGGCGAAAAAGUCAAUGUUCGAUUAAUUGUUCUUAUAGCAUUGUUUAUUAAUGAAUUGAAUAAAUUUUGGAGAAAAAUUCAUUUAUCAAUAGGUGCAAUUAGUUAUUGGUGUCGUCAUUAUAUUCCGAUAACAAAACGAUUCAUUAAUGAAGAUCCUCCAACAUGGAUUAUGAAACAAGCAUAUAAAAUUAUAGAAAAACAUCAAAAAGUUGGUCAAACAAAUCGUACUGAUUUAUUACAAUUGAUGUUCGAGUCAGCAUCGGAUGAAGAAUUAAUUCAAGAUAGUCGAGCAACUGAUAUUACCAAUGAAGAAACAGAAAUUGAACCACCACUCAUUCGAAAACUUACUAAACAUGAAAUAGUAUCCAAUAUUUUUCUCUUCAUGAUUGCUGGUUAUGAAACAACAAGUACAGCACUUAGUUAUAUUACUUAUAUUCUUGCAACUCAUCCAAAUGAACAACAAAAAUUACAACACGAGAUUGAUACUCACUUCAAUCCUGAAACCGAAGAUGAUAUGCCAUCUUAUGAUACAGUAUCACAAAUAGAAUAUUUAGAUAUGUUUAUUCGAGAAACUCUUCGCUUGUAUCCUAUAGCGCCAGUAGUAGUCAAUCGUCAAAGUUCAGAAGAUUUUCAUAUCAAAGGUAUUGGUACGAUUCCAGCUGGUACACGUAUUGCUGUGGAUAUGUAUAGUUUACAUUAUGAUCCUGAUUUGUGGGGUCCUGUUGAUCCACAUAUAUUUUAUCCUGAACGAUUUGAAACAAAACGACAUGCAAUGGCAUGGAUUCCAUUUGGAGCUGGACCAAGAAAUUGUGUUGGAAUGCGUUUUGCUUUGAUUGAACUCAAAAUGGCACUUGUUCGUCUUCUCAAAACAUAUUCAAUAGUCGAUUGUGGUGAUCAAACACAUAAAUCAUUUGAACAAUUAACAGAAACUUUUGUCAUAGCACCAAGAGAAGUUAUUAUUCGGUUAGAACGUCGAGAUGAAUAUCAUGUAUAA